AUGCCUGUGACAAAAAUUGCCAUUGAUGGGCUGUGGCACUGCCUUUGCCCUUCUAUAGAAGCGGCUGGGGCUUUGAGAUCUUCUUUUGGCCGCGUACCAUCUCGUCGCGCUCUCUUGAGACGGUCCUCCUCCAUUCCCUUCCCCCGCAAUGCUCCCCACACUCAGCGGCGCUUGUUCAGCAGGACAAUACGCAACCCAGAACAGGCCUCUGCUAGUAGUACUUUCAAUGUCUCAUCAUACGAGCAGAACUCAGUCGAUCAAUCAACAGUUUUAUCUGGGGAGUCUCUUGCUUCUGAAUCGACAGAGCAUCUCUACGAAGUGCUUCGCUCUGCCGCCGCACAAGGACAAUAUGAACGAGUGUUGGAGCUGGUCAAUUACCUCGUGAAGCAUCGGCACGAGGAGCCAAAUCUACGACUUUAUUCUGCACUACUUUUAGCCAACGUGGAUCCAAACCAUGGCAUAGCUACUCGUAUAACAGCAAUACUCGACGAAAUGAGCCGAGAAAGAAUCGGCGCGGACUCGGGUUUCUACCACGCUGCUUUAAAGGUGCUUUCCAUUCAUCCUGAUCAUCUCCUUCGUCAGAGAGUACUGCAGGAAAUGCGCCAGCGUUGGUUCGUCAUUACUGUCGACGGGCGGCACGACAUCGCGGCGGGUCUUUUUCGUGAGCGGCAGAUUGAACUUGCCUUGAACUAUCUCGAUUCAAUGCGACAAGAAGGCAUCAAGGUGCAUGGCUGGCUCUACGAUUUGGCCAUGUAUAUCCUCUGCGAUAUGCAAGAGUUUGACCAAGCUUUGAAAUUCAUCCAGGCACGCGUUGCCGCCAAAGAUAUUGACAUUUCUUCCCAUACGUGGUACUAUCUGCUUGAUACAGCUAGUAGUUACUAUCACUACGACGCCACACAAUACGUCUGGAAAUGGCGUGUUGAGACACUACACAUCAAUCCUCCCUCCGGCGUGUGCAUCAACGCUCUCGCAACCGCAGCACGCCAUGGCGACGCCGAACUUGCCACGGACGUAUUCCGCGUCCUAGGCAACCGCUCUACGCACUUUGAACUACACCACUACGAAGCUUUACUAGAAGCCUACGCUCGAUCCGGGGACCUGGAAACCUCCUUCAAGAUUCUCUGCAUCAUGAAGACAGCCAAAGCCGAGCCCGAAGAAGCCAGCACGCGACCCAUCUUCGAGUACUUGUGCGAACAUCCCCCCGAUGAACUCGAUCAUGCUCUGAACAUUCUGACGGCCCUGCACGCCGAGAGACGCAUCAUCCCAACUCCAGCAUAUAACGUGAUUAUCGAAGCAUACAUCCACCAUGGCGACCUAGCAGGGGCAGUGGAACGGUACAAGCGACUACAUACCCUCUGUGCUGCCGGCCCGUCCACUGCCACGUUUAAUAUCCUCUUGCGCGGAUGCAGAGACGCCGGGCGCAAAGACGUGGCCAUGUUCCUCGCGUCUGAAAUGCUCGCGAUGAAAAUUCGGCCAGAUGCGUUGACGUACGAUCGGCUGAUCCUCGUGUGUCUGAUGCAAAUGGACUUUGAAGACGCGUUCAAGUACUUGCAGGAAAUGAAAAUCCAUGGUUGGAAACCACGCCAGGGCACCCUUGUCGCCGUGGUCAAGAAAUGCGUUGCCGUCUCGGAUCCGCGGGCUUGGUCCUUGCUGGAAGAAAUGGCGGCGACUGGGUUCGACACAGUCUCGUUGGAGAAAUGGGUCACGGCGAAUUGGAUGGAUUAUUCAAGUCCGAAGAAGGGCGCAGUGUCUGGGAAAUGAUUGCACGGGGCGGUGGAAGGGGCUUUCUGCGCCGUUAUAUCAUUGCUCGACGCUGAUUCAUCAUUUCUCCGUACUGGAUUAUCAUUGCCGACACUGGUAUAUACACAUUUUACUUGAAACACGUAUUCUGCAAUAUUCUGCAUUAUUGGGCAGCGCUUGAAGCACGGCUACCUGCUAUCCUCGUAAAGUGAAAUCCAGCGCCAAAAUUCCGACCAAUAUAACCAGCAUAAAAAUGCUCCUAGUGCAGGUGUAAGAUCCUCCCAGACCGCUGGCUUCUCCUUGCCGGCUUGCGUAGGAAUAAGAAGAAGAGGAAAAAAGUUAAUCCAAAAUCAAAAUAAUACAUGAAAGGAAUCGGAAAUCCUAUACAUGAUGAAACUGUUCGAACCUUGUCCGAUUCAAUCGCCGUAAACCACCGCCUUUCCUUGGAGGGUGAGAAGUAUUCAUUCCACAAUAUCCAUCCAGAAAAAUAAUCAUCCGCCAACAAAAAAAGGGCAAGGGG